AUGAGUUACCCAGUUUGUUCUUAUUCGUGCAAUUCUUCAAACAACAAGGUUACUCCUAAAUGCGACCAUAACAUGUCCAUGAAGAUGUUUGUCACAAAUUCUGCUGCAAAUCCUGGAAGAAAGUAUUGGAAGUGUAAGUUUUGGGGGAGGGAAGAUGAUUGUAACCUGUUUCAUUGGGAUGAUGAGCUUUGUGGCGAAAGAGAAGCAAAUGUCAUGGACAGGGAAGUUGUUUAUGUGAUGAGGAAAAUGGAGAAAGAUUUAACAAAGAAGAUGGAAGAUUUGAAGAAACAGCUUGAUGAUUUAAGGAAGAAACUGAAGUUUCUUAUUGAUGUACUUGUUGCUAUGUAUUUUUUCUUCAUGAUUCAUGUAACACACAUGGUGCAAAGUUAA